CUUUCUAAGCUUCCUGUGGUUGAAGGCGCAGCAUUCGAUGCCCAUGCCAAUGAACACGAACCCAGAUGUCAUCCCGGCACGCGUGUCAAAAUUCUAGAAGAAAUUGUCAAAUGGGCUCAGGAUCCCCACAGAAAACGUAUAUAUUGGCUUUGUGGGAUGGCUGGUACCGGCAAAUCUACGAUAUGUAGAACAGUCGCUCAUGAUCUGUCAAGUAUGAACAUCACAGCUGCGAGCUUCUUCUUUAAGAAGGGUGAUGGGAAUCGCGAUAAAUCAGGUGCCCUCUUCACUACUAUUGUCAAACAGCUUGUCGAAUACCUGCCAAAGGAGAUGGCAAUACAUGUCAAGCAAGCACUGCGAGAAAAUCCAAGUAUCAGCGACAAAUCAUUAAGCAAGCAAUUUGAGGAACUUAUUCUCACACCUUUGAAGAGAUGCAAAUCUCUACCACCGGUCAUAGUUUUUGUGCUGGACGCCCUCGACGAAUGCGACAAUCAAGCCAACGCUGCGAGAAUCAUUGAGCUUCUGCCUAAUGUUGAAACAGUAUCAUCUACGUCCUUCAAAGUUUUAGUUUCCAGCAGACCAGAGUGUCAUCUCCGAAAGUCUUUUGCACAACUAAAUUGCAAAUAUGAAGAGAUUUUACUCCAAAUGACGCUCCAUGAAGUUGCUGAUGAGGAUGUCCGGCGUGACAUGUUUAUUUUCUUGGAAUCUCAACUAAGGCAAAUUCGAGAUAGUUACAACGAUACCAACUUACAGCUACCUGCGUAUUGGCCAUCACAAUCUCUUGUUGAAGAUCUUGUCGAUAUGUCAAUGCCGCUAUUCAUUAUGGCAGCAACUGCAUGCCGCUUCAUAGGCGAUGAGGAUCUCGGCGUUCCCGUUACGCUGGCCCAGGAAUUUCUGCUUAAUCGGAAGUUCGGUAAAGGCAACCCUCUUGCCAGGACAUAUCUCCCCAUUCUGGAACAAUUGCUUGUUAAACGCAAUGGUAUCGGAGUAGUGGAUCGCUCAAACGUUGAAAAAGAGAGAAUUAUCGGAGAAUUUCGUCGAGUCGUUGGCACGAUUGUGCUUCUUGAGGCGCCACUUUCGAUCAUUUCGCUCUCGAACCUCUUAGAAAUGGACUCAUGGGAGAUUGGUUCACGGCUAUCGAGCUUGCACUCCAUUUUAAACAUCCCAAAAAACCUUAACUGCCCAGUCAAGCUAUUUCAUCUUUCAUUUCGCGAUUUCCUGACUGGCGCUGAUCAUCAGGAGGAGAAGCAUGACUUCUUCAUUGAUGAACGCGAAACACAUGCCAGCAUAGCUCGCCAGUGCGUUGCACUACUUUCGAAAGAUGAUAAUCUUAAACAGGACAUUUGCAAACUCAGUCACCCAGGAACACUAAGGUCAGAUAUUGACCAGGAGACAAUUGACUCUUGCUUUCCUCCACAUGUUCGGUACGCUUGUCUAUACUGGGUCUUUCACUUAAAAAAUGGUGGGGGGCAUAUAGACGAUGACGAUGAAACGUAUCGCUUCCUUACCAAACACUUAAUUCACUGGCUGGAAGCACUCAGUCUACUGGGCUGCAUUGCUGAUAGCCAUGAUAUGGUGGAUACCCUCUUAACCAUGAUGGCUGCUAACCUUUGUGAUAAUGAUAAGGAUAAUAGAGACCUAGCCAGCCUCUUGCGCGACUCCAAGCGAUUCAUAGGCACUUAUCAGCAUGCUAUGGACAUAGCGCCACUACAGUUAUACUGUUCUGCCCUGAUUUUUGCGCCAAUGAAGAGCAAGUUUCGGCAGUGUUUCGAAACUGAGAUUCCUAAGUGGAUAAAAAAUCGACCUGCUGUCGAAAUGAACUGGGAUGCGUUGCUCCAAGUCCUUGAACACAAUGAACGUGUAACACAAGGUGUCUUAUCGCCGGACUCAUCGCUCAUAGCAUUACUCAGCUCUAGAAAGGUCGCCAUCUGGCGAAGCCAGACUGGCAACUGUGUUCAUGAGCUUAAAUUCGACUCCUCUACUACCAUUGCUACAUCAAUGGAGUUUUCAUGCGACUUUAAACUACUUUAUGUGGCAUUUUCCAAUGGUGAAGUGACGUCGUGGGAGACAGAUGCGUGGACGUGUCGCACAGUCAUAGAGGGAGACACAAAGUUGCACAGUGAUGUAUCUGAUUCUCUCGCCUUCUCUCAUGAUGCAGCACUCCUAGCAAUGGGGAGAGAUUUCAGAAAAAUCGAGAUCCGGUCGGCAGACACUGGAGAGCGCAUAUGGGCGGUCGAUGCUCAUACAGGCUAUAUUAGCUCGCUUUCGUUUUCGCAUGAUUCGACUCUUCUCGUCUCAUCAUCGGGCCUCUUAAAUAAUGGAUCGCUGCGGAUCUGGCGAAUGGAUACGGGCGCGUGCAUUCGAGCAGUCGAGUCCUCUGUGCGGCAUAUCGACGGUCGGUCUCUGCGCUUCUCUCCAGAUGCAUCUCACAUCGCAUGUGGCUCAUACAGAGACAAUAAGCUUUUAGUCUGG